UCCAUGUUAUAUUUAUAUCGCAAAAUGGUUAGGAAUCAGAUACACAAAUAUAGAGGUUAAAAAUGUGUUUUACAAAAAAGCGAGUUUUAAAUACACAUUAGAGCAAUCGUGAAGUAUUAUUCGACAGAGGUGAAAUAAGAAAUAAGUGUGAGAUAUUGAAAUAUUCGAUUUUUGUUAAAUUAUUCGCUACAUUAGUCGAGAUGAAUUAUAUCGUGAUAUCUCGUCCGGAUAGACAAGAGUUGUUUAUUUAUAAAUGAUACCGAGAUUAUUGCUUCCGCUACAUUUAAUUGUUCCGUUAUUAUAAAUUAUAAAUAAUAUUAUAAAUAUUAUAAAGAACUGACGCUGUUAUUAAAGUAUGGCAGACGUUGAAAAUAGCAAGACCGACAAUUUGUCGGAAUUUGAGGUGAAUCAGAGAUCGAUCGACAGGGCACCCUUUAAAAACUUGAAGAUUAGUGACUCUGGGAUAUUAAAUACGCUUGAGGGUAGAAAAACGUGCGAAUUGUGUUGCAAAUCGCGCAAGUUUUUCUGUUACACCUGUUAUGUGCCUGUCAUUGACAAUUCAUGUUUUCCACGUGUCAAGCUGCCAAUUAAAAUUGACAUCAUUAAACAUGCUCACGAGAUAGAUGGCAAAAGUACUGCUAUUCACGCUGUGAUACUUGCUCCAGAGGAUGUAAAAAUCUAUACGUAUCCUGAUUUUCCAGAUAUAACAAAUAAAGAGGAAACGGUUUUAAUCUUUCCUAGCAAAAGCGCACAAACUGUAAGCGUGGAGGCUCUUUUUGCAAAGAGGAGAGAGCAAAAUGAUAUUCUGGCAAAUGGAACCGAGUCUGUAUUUCCUAUAAAAAGAGCCAUUUUUAUCGAUAGCACAUGGCAGCAAACCAAAGCGAUAUACAAAGACCAAAGAUUGAGAGAACUACGUUGUGUCAUUUUAAAAUCGCGGAUUUCUCAAUUCUGGCGUUACCAAAAGAAGAGUCCAAGAUGGUAUUUAGCAACGAUCGAAGCAAUUCAUCAAUUCUUGGUGGAGUUACACACUUGUGCUCUUGGAGCGGAAUAUGUUGAUAUACAUAAUUCUUUGUUGGAUAAAAAACAGAACUCUACGACUACUGACAAGGAAAUGGAAGAAUGUUUAGAAAUUAAUCAAAAGUACUGUGGACAAUAUGACAAUCUCUUAUAUUUUUUCAAGUAUAUGUAUGAUAAAAUUCACUCUAUAUACGAUCAUGAUAAAUUGCAGGCUUAUAAAAGGCCGCUCGCGUGAAACUAUUUUUUCUUAAAAGUGUUUUCUAAUAAAUAAUUUCUUUUACA